UAACAUAACAUUUAAUAUGGAAUUUAUCAAAAAGUGGUUCAACCCUUAUAAGAAAGGGAGAAAGGAUAAAAACAACACGAAGGAGGAGCAUCGGGUUAGCUCGCUACUUGAGAGCUUAUCGAGUACUCAGGAACAAACCAGAGGAUCUUCGGGUCGACGUAAUGCUAUUUGUGUCUCCAAGACGAACUUUAUACCCCGAACUCAAGGUCAUGAAGCAACAGUUGCGUACCUUGAAUCAGGGAGUGCGUCUGAUCUAUCCCAGUUGCUCAGUGAACGUGACCGCGCCGAAAGACUUGUGUAUCAAGGUCCCAAGACGAAAGCUACCCAAGAAGUCCAAGACAUACUCCGCGAGCCGAGUAUAACAACUGUCGGGAGGUUCCAUCGCGUCUACAAGCAGGCCGAAAUUCUAAUAAAAUAUGGUAUUGCUGGCGAAAUCGUGUACAAUUUUAGCAGAUCCCCUAGCUGGAACAAGGCCAAUAUAUCAAGAUUGCCUUCACUACAACUCAAAAAUUUCAGUGACAUAAUGAAAAGGCACAUUGGACUUCCGAGCAACACCUCAAGCAUCCCUCGUAGCCCCUCAACUCCUAUCGACUGGAUUGUUCUUGGGGCAUCGGGAUCUACAGCUCCUCAUGACGUCCGGCGGCCAUCUAUUGUAAGUGAACCCGGCGGUUGGAGAGACUUGCCACCUCUCGAUACAAAUGAUGAACGGAUGGGCGAUGUUCAUAGCCCUUCCUCAGUGGCGCAGGAUAGCAAUCUUGAAGAUGAAUGGGAAAUCGAAGAAGCACAAAUCCUCACAGUAACAAGGGUUCCUAUUCGGCAGGUACAUAUAACCCCUAAAAGAGGUAGCAUAGAAAGUGCUAAGGUUAGCGAACGGCGUGAACUCUCUGGAAGAGUCCUUGAUAAUUCAGAGGGCUACUCUGGCUGUUGAGAUAAAUCCAAUAUUAGUGAUCUGAUCUUUGGGUAUGUAGUAGUGUCGAAACUUCAUGCAUGAGUUUGAUCCUUGCUUGGUGUUAAGUAAUACGACCAGCCAGACAAGCUUUCCUACCUGUCGUUGGUCUCAU